UGCAGCAGAUCGUCAGUCGCGCGGAGGGGCGGGCGGGGGAGCGCGCGCGCGUGCUCUUCAUCACUGCUCAUCCAGAAAUUCACUAGGAGGACCGGGACCGAAGAUCGGUUUGGGGGAACCUAAAACCCCACUGGUCCGCUUCGAAGAGCCUGCAGAACCGGAGAACCGCCGGUGAGGCUCGGAAAACCCACCGCACCCAAACGCACCGGGCCAGGUGAGCAAGGAGGAACCAGCAAUCCGCAGAGAUUCGGGUCCGGAUCUGAGUCUGGAGCCGCAGAGGGGCAGCGCGGAUUGAAGGAGCUCUCUUUGGGGUUUUAUUAUUAUUAUUUAAUUUUUACACGCCCUCGGAACCGGAGCUCGGAACCGCAGCUCCGUGUAGAGGCGGCGACUGAAGCCGAAGAGCAGCUGGGGGAGGAGCGGCUGUCGGUGCGCGGAGCUCCGGAGACCGAGUGGAUCAUCCAUGGGUUAGCCCGCACUGGUGGUCCACAGUAGUCUGCAGAACCCAGGAGGGUCCGCUCUUACCUGCACGCACCUGCGCUCCCUGACCCGACCUGCGGGGGCCGGAUGAUGUAGGCGCCGCUGCCCCUCCACCACCAGCAGCAGCAGCAGCAGCAGCUACCGAAUCCAGAGUCUCAGCAACCCACCCAGGUCUCUGGACCCCAGGUCUCAGCCCCCCACGUCCCCGGUCCAGAGAAGAACCAUGCCGGCGGGGAUGAAACCGCUGGAGAAGUUUCUGAAGAAGCAGACCACCGCGCUGACGCGGGCCGGGGGGUUCGGCGGGAUGGGGGACAAGGCCAGCGGUGGCACCGGGGCGUCCCGCAGGAGGGCCAGCCUGUCCCGGGUCGUCCCGUUCUUCAGGGAGACCUCACCUGAAAGCGGCCACGCGCGGGAGGUGUUCAGCCCUGACAGCGAGGACCCCCCCUCCUGGCCCUCCGCUGCAGGAACUGGGCUGGCCUCAGUUCCGUGCAGCGCCAACGGCUCCUACUCCGGUUCUGGUUCUGGAUCUGGAUCUGGAUCUGGGUCUGGAUCCGGUUCUGGUUCUGGAGGAGGAGACGUCCGCAGUCCGUCUCUGUCCAGUGAUGAGCAGAGCUCCGAGGCGAGUCUGAUCACAGAGAGCAGCGGAGGAGGAGGUUCUGGUUCUGGUUCUGGUUCUGGUUCUGGUCCAGGAGGAGGAGGAGGGACGCCUCUUCAUCCCGACACUCCAGAUAACCUGACGUUAGCGGUUCUGGACGGGGUGGCGGGAAAACGGUUCGGACACUGUUCAGAAACCCUGCUGGAUGACUUCAUGUUGACACAUCCCAUCUUCCUGACGGCCGACAGGCUCCAGCAAGUCCUGCUGCAGCAAUUCUCCCUGGAGGCACAGGUGGGGGGCGGCGAGCGGAGGGACGGCGAGGCUGAGGCGUCCAUGAGCGCCGCUGAGAGGAAGCAGGCAGUGCUGAACAUGGCCUUCCGCUACCUGGACACCUACAGAGAGCUGCUGCAGGAGGAGGGGGAGCGCAGCAACAGCUUCCCCAAGGAGCUGUACAUGUGUGCGGUUCAGGAGUUGACCCGGUAUCCUGAGCUGGUGGAGGACGUCCUGAAGCUGCAGCGAUGGUCCGAGAUCCUGCACUGCCCCUCCGACGAGGAGAAGGAGAGCAGGAAGAAGCAGGUCCGCCCGCUGUUCAGACACUUCAGACGUAUCGAUGCCUGCCUGCAGCCCCGUGAGGCCUUCAGAGGCUCAGACGAAAUCUUCUGCAGGGUGUACACCCCGGAUCACUCCUACGUCACCAUCCGGAGCCGCCUGUCCUGCCGGGUUGGAGAGAUUCUGGCGCUGGUCAAAGAGAAACUCCAGUACAGCGAGGACCAACCAGUUUUGCCUGGAAACCUCAUACUGGUGGCCGUCACCUCAGCUGGAGAAAAAGCCGUGUUUCGCCCCAGCGACGAGGCCGUCUUCACCACACUGGGUGUCAACACCCACCUGUUCGCUUGUGAACCCUCUGAACUAGACUCUCUGCUUCCUCUUCCUGAGGAGAUCCACUGGACGCCUGGUGACAGCAAACUUCACGACAUGUCGGCGGAGGAAGUGGCCAAUCAGCUGGUGGUGUUUGACUGGGAACUUUUCAGCUGCGUUCACGAGGUGGAGUUCAUCUGUUACGUAUUUCAUGGUGAGCAGUCCCGCUGGCGCCCCCUCAACCUGGAGCUGGUACUGCAGCGCUGCAGCGAGGUGCAGCACUGGGUCGCCACGGAGAUCUUGCAAUGCCAGUCACUGCCAAAGAGGAUCCAGCUGCUGCGCAAGUUCAUCAAGAUCGCAGCGCUCUGUAAACAGCAGCAGGACCUGCUGUCCUUCCUGGCGGUGGUUCUGGGUCUGGACAACCCAGCCGUCAGCAGACUGCGGCUCACCUGGGAGGGUCUUCCGGGGAAGUUCAGGAAGCAGUUCCAGCAGUUCGAAAGCAUCGCUGACCCGUCCAGGAACCACAAGUCCUACAGGGACCUGAUCACCAGCCUGAGACCCCCGCUGAUCCCGUUCACCCCGCUGCUGCUGAAAGAUUUGACGUUUCUUCACGAGAGUUGCAAAACGUUCCACGGAGAAUUCGUCAACUUUGAGAAGAUGCAUAAAGUGGCUGAAAUGGUGAGAACCAUCAGACGGUACCGCAGCUCCCAGCUGGCCAUAGAUACAGAGACGUCCCCCUCCCACCUGCAGACGAAGGCCUACGUCCGUCAGCUGCAGGUGAUCGACAACCAGAACCUGCUGUUUGACAUGUCCUGCAAGCUGGAGCCCAAAGACACGUAGAGGGACGAAGGAGCGGCGAGGAAGAGGAGGAGGGUCAUGACCCGGACGUUAGAUUUACACCUGCUCCUCUUCAUCAUAUAACAUAAAACAUUCUGCCACACCUCCGAACCUGAAGACCCACAACUCUGGUUUCUUUCGUCUUUUUUCUGGUUCGUCUCUGCAGGAUUCUGCAGAACCAGAACCGACCCAAAACCUAAGCACUGGUUCCUAACACACAGCUGAAACACAAAGUGGAGUUAUGGCUCCUCCACAAACCAACCUACCCAGUCGAUUCACAUAGUUAUUUAUAUUUACCUCAAAUUCUGCGUAUUUUCAGCUGCAGUAGCAGAAAAGCAGUGGCGCUCCUGAGGGGGGACCCAGAGGGGGCAAUGGCCCCCUUUUGAAAAAUGUUUACCACCCUCCUGCACUCCGAGAGAAUCAUCUUUAUGUUGUAGAAAGGUAAACAUGUAAACCCAGAUAAGUAGAUAAAUAAAUAAAAAAUCAAUAAAGAAACAAAUAAAUACAAUAUAUAUGUAUAGUUUCUCUCCUCUAAAAAUUUUAUUAAAAUUUUCUGAAGAUACACAAAUUUACCAUCAUUACAUCAGUGUAAUAGAAAUUACACUGAUGUACACUGAUUAUUAGGAAUCAAACAAAUUUCUCUUUUAAAUAUUUAAUUAUUAAAACAGUUUAGUUCCCAUUUGAUCCCUUUACAAAAUGAUCAAACUUUGUCUUUAUUACCUGAGAUUUUUCUCUUUAUGCAUUUUCAAACAGGAGAACAGCCAUGAUCCAGCUAUAAAAUACAGGGGAAAAAUGAAGCAUCAAGCAAAUGUUUAUCUUUCUCUACCAGCAGAUGGCAGUAUGUGUCAGGUGCUGCUCCUUUAAAUUCAGAAGGUGCAUUAAAGAGCAAACCUUGAGCUUUAAUGUUUCUCCUGAAACAAUAUUUGAAGAAAAAAAUAAGCAGUUUCACUGCUGUGUGUUAGAAACUGAUGACCCAACCCCUGACGCAUGGACCAAUCAGAAUGCAGAUAAAUGGCAGGCAUCGUCUAAUCAGCUUCCUUCAGCCGGAGUCAAGCUGCAGGAUUUAAUGUGUGAUUUUCCAGACUUCCGAUUUUAUUUUCAUUGACUUCAUGGACCAAACGGGUCGAGGAUAAAGAGCUUUUGCAGCAGGACUGCGCCCCCCGCAGCGGGCUGAUGGUACUGUGACUUUGUGGGGCUGCUGCAGAGCGAUCAUUAGAUCUGAACCGCGAACAGAGACCAACAGCGGUUCUCAGUUCUGUCCAGAACUGAUCUGUAAAUGUUCAAAGCAAGGAGGAAAACAGCCAUCGUUUCGUUUCGCGCCGAGGCGGAUUUCAUGUUUUUAACAAAAGACAACAAAGGUCCUGAUGUUGGGGCCGACCCAGGCUUCAUACCUGCUGCCAUAUUCCACUCAGAGUCCAGGCAGGUGGCGAGGCAUUCACUAAUUGUCGGACUCGUGGACGCCGACGGAGCACCAACUCACCUGAUUGGAUCAGAGAGAGUAGAUGCUGGUUUUCUACCGAACAACGUCUGAAGACUCUACAGUCUUUGUGUUUCCAGACAAUGAUGAUGGUUCCUGAACAUCUCACAGUAUUUGAGGGUCACAUGAUCCAGAUCAGGCUCCUCUUAAAGGACUAGUCUGUUGUUUACCUCUGGGUUUCAGAUCAGAAUAUCUAAACUUAAUAAACCUCCACCUGAUUGGUUAAAUCUGGAGUAAAAAAUAAGGAAUGGUCCUUUAAGAGAGCAUGACUCUUUUAUCUGAUUGGUCGGACCUUUAGCCAAUCAGUCGUGUUGAUGGGAUGACAUAACUCCUCAGAGUUGAUCAAAUUCUUUCUCUCUACCUGCUGUCACACCUGAACGACCAGCCGGCUCUACAAAGGACCCGCCUACCCCCGCCCAGAGCCGGCCUCCUAUUGGUCAGUUCUGACGGGCUCUGACGGGUCUGAGGCAAUAAACCGAGGCGGCUGGAAGCGGCGCCGGCUGGUCGAAGCACUUUUUGUCAAACCUCAGGGCUCAGAGACACACAGAGGUUCUGUUUACUCCUUCUUCAGUAGAAUUCUGUUCAGUUCAGUCCAGUUGUGUUUGGAUCGCUUGGUUCUGUGUUUGUACAGCUCAUCACGCUGCUGUCAUAUUUACUCCAGUUAUAGAAAUCUAAAGAGUUGUUGUUUUGGACACCACCAGAGCUGACGGACCCUGGCAUGGAGGCUGAUAUGUCUUUUUCUAACUGCAGGAUGGAUGGAGGGAUGGAUGGUUGGUUGGUUGGUUGGUUGGUUGGUUGGUUGGUUGGUUAGUUGGAUGAUGUGAUUGGUUGCAUUGAUGUAUUGGUUGGUUGAUUGGAUCGAUUGGAUGAAUGAAUUAAAGGAUGAAUGAUGCGGUUGGAUGGAUGGAUGGAUGGAUGGAUGGAUGGAUGGAUGGAUGGAUGGAUGGAUGGAUGGAUGGAUGGAUGGAUGAUGGUGCUAGUUGGAUUGCUGUUUGGUUGGUUGGUUGGUUCGAUUGUUGGUUGGUUGGUUGGUUGGUUGUAAUAAAUAAAUACUUGCCGUUCUCAGCUCUGGUGGGCAGUGAGAUCUUUUUUAUUCUCCAUCUGUACCAUAUCAUCCAGUUUCAGGUCGUUCCUGUUCAGAAACUCAAUCGGCUCCACUGACUGGGAACCAGUAAGGUUCUGGAACAUUAAUGGUAUCACUGGCCAGUGCUUCUGGCUCAAUAAUUUAUGUUUACAGAAAGGUAUGAAACGUAUGAAUGAGUGAACCUUUGGUUUUGCUGCCAAAACUGAAUUUGAGUAAAAGCUUAAACUGGAACACAUUCCAGAACCAUGAACUGAUACCAGUUGACUCUGGACAGAACAAAAAUGAUUUGACUGGACCUUUAUCCAACACAGAGCCAGGGGUUUAUACCACCAAGAAAAACAGCUGAAAUUCCAACCUUGAUCCCAAGUACGAGGAUUGGUUUGAAACCAACCAAAUAAUCUAAAUUUCUUUAAUAGCACCAUCAUCUGAAAUCCCUAAAUGGUUCCAACUUCUGAUUGAAGCAGAAAUCCAGAGUUUGAACUCAAAUUUGACCAGAAGUUACAAAAACCAAAAUCUUUUCUGAAAAAAAAAAAAAAAAAAAAAAAAAA